AUGGCUAGUCUAGAAUCAAAGCUAUUGGAUGGUGGUCAAGCCGGGUAUUGCAGCAGUUCAGAGGGAGAGGAGGAUGCAGGCGGAUGGAAGGUCGCGAAAGAUGAGGAUGAUCACCAGCAGAAGGUCAUGAAGAAAUUCGGGAACAGAAACACCGGCGCAAAGGGCGUUCUAUCUGAUUUUGCUGACUUUAGAGAAGAGGUGAAGUUCGCGCGCGAAAUGAAGGAAAAGGCGCUCCGACGGGAAGCUGAACGCGGCAUGCUCCAGACGAGCAAAGAGGAGCGGGAGCAGUUACAAAAACAAGAUGCCGAGGAGGAUGAGGACGCCUUGGAAAGUCUUCGUGCCAGACGACUCGACGAGAUGAGGAAGGCCCUCACCGGGCUUGUAGUGGAACUCGCGCACAAGGACCAAUAUAUCGACGCCUCUGAAACAAAGAAUGCGGGUCUUGUGCUAAUCUUGUUGCACGAACCGGGGGUUGAGAGCUGCAUCCGUUUUACUCAUUAUUUCAAGAUUUUGGCCAGCGACUUCCCUCACAUCAAAUUCCUUCGAGGCCGAGCUUCGCUGCUGGGACUUUCUGAAGGCUUUCAAGCAAAAGGCGUGCCCUGCCUUCAAGUCUGGGAAAAAUCAGUGCUCGUCGGCAAUUUCUUGAAGAUCGACUCUGAACUCCCUGAUGACUACAAUCAGACGCACAUCAUGCAAUUCCUCUUCAGAAAACAAAUCUCUUUGACACGCAAUGCCUUCGGCGAUUCGAUCUAUGAUGACGACGCCGAGCUCUCCGAU